UAGACGUCUGAGGCUUACUGGGUAUAUAUAUGAUGAUGAUGUCUCCAUAAAACAAGCAUAAAAAAAUCAUAUAAAAAACGUUACAGGUGAGUGAAGUCCUGCGCCGGAUGAGAUUCUUGUUCAGGGUGUUCUUCACUACACUGCCUCUGAGUUGUGAGAGUGUUUACUCUAGAAUUUUGGACACUUGACGUGUUGUAAUAGUACAUGUAUAAAACAGGGAAACUUCAGGUCAGUCAGCAUUUUGAUGUGACUCCAUCUGGACCGCUCCUCGUCUUCUCCACGCCGCCGAGUCUCGUUCUCUGCGCGCACGUUGUUGUCGUUUCCUCUGAAACGCGUCAUAAACAUCAAUGAAACAAGUGACUCUAACGUUUUAGCCGCGUGCCCUCUCGCGCCCCGCCUCUUCUCCAUUUUUUGCAGAAGGUAAACAGCCCAUGCUCCACAAACACACACGUUGGUUUCUCUUAUCGCGGCGCAACAGGCGCGCAACGGCGCGGCGUUUAUCCGCUGGCAUCUCAACCAACAAACAAGCCCGCGCCGCGCCGCACUUCUCUCCUGCAGCAGCGCGUUAAAUGACUUCUCACCUCCAAGACUGAAGGAUGACAUGUCGACUGUUGCCGCUCAUUGUUGUCCUCUGCGCGAGGAUGGGGGUCCGGGCCGCGCAGGAGUUGAAUGGCAGGAAAGUGGCCAUUGUCAUGAGAGAGGAGCCUGAAAACCCAAAGUGCUUCGCUGAAGGACAGAAGGACCUCACCUGUUUCUGGGAGGAGGAUGAGGAGCGAGCCGGACCCGUGGAGCAGUACUCCUUCACCUACGCCUACCAUCUCUCUGGCAGAAACGAGAACGGCAGCCGCUGCCCGCUGGUGCUGGUCCCCACCGCCGGAGGGAGAAGACUGUACGUCUGCCGACUGACACAGACCCACUUGUUCACCAGGAUGGACAUCAAGAUUCAGCGGCACAGAGUGCUGAUCCACAACCGCAGCCUUUUGAUCGAAACCCUCAUUCUGCUGGACCCGCCGGUGAACGUGACGGUGACCCGCACUGGCCAGCAGGGUCAGCUGAUGGUCAGAUGGCUGCCCCCGCCUCUCAAGUACAUGGACGACAGCAUGAUGUACCAGGUGGCCUUCAGCGAGGCCGACGCCCCGGCGGCUCAGGUGGAGGAGGUCAACACUCACUCGGAGCUGGUCCUGAGAGGUCUGCAGCCGGGCACUAAGUACCAGGUCCGAGUCCGCGUCAAGCUGGACGGCAUCAGCUUUAACGGCUUCUGGAGCGAGUGGAGUGAGCCGGUGCUGAUGGAGACGCUCCCAGCAGAGCUCAACCCUCUCGUCGUCUCCUUGACUGCCAUCGUCUUGUUGGUCUUCAUGGUGCUGGCGCUCAUGGUGUUCAGGUCUUACCGCAGGCACCUGAUGAGGAAGAUCUGGCCGGACGUUCCGAGUCCUGACAACAAGUUCCAGGACCUUUUCACCAGUUAUGGAGGAGACUUCCAGGCUUGGAUGGGGCACACAGUCGGCCCUCUGUGGUUGGGUCCACCCUUGGUCCUCUCAGAGGAGCGCCUCAGCGCCUUGGAAGUCCUGUCGGAGCUGAGCCCGUCGCUUCCCCCGCCUCUUCCUCCCAAGACCUCCAGAUCUCCGAGCGGCACCAUGAAGGAGGAGCGGGGAGACUCUGCUGAGAGAUGGGGCUCCACGGCCGCCGCUCACCUCAGUGGGACCCCCCGACACCCGCCGCCCUGCUCCCACGCUUCACUGCUGGAGUCUCAGGACGCCUACAUUUCGCUGAGCGGCCAGGAGAACCCGGAGGAGAACCUGGAGGAGGCCGUUCCUCUGGAGGUGCUGUUUCCUUCCAGGAAGGCCACGCGCUCGGAAUCGCCCUCCGACCUGGGGUCCGGGCGCCUGUCCUCCCAGUCCAGCGGCGAGUACCCGGGCCACAGCUGGGUCCACAAAGGCUCCGGCUACACCUACAUGGCGGUGGCCGACUCGGGCGUGUCGAUGGACUACAGCCCAAUGAGCCGACCUGAGGACGUGGCCAAGGUGCUUCUGUACGCCAACGACAUCCCGGCUCACAGGAAGCACGUGCUCUCCAGGCAGCCGCAAGAGAGCUGAGGUCCAUGCUCCAGCAUGAAUAUGUUGCUCUGGUCACCGUCUCAGAUUCGUCCCCAAAAACCAACUGUAGGCAGAAGAACGUUUCUCUCACAAUUCUUCCACUGGAGAGUUGCUUGAAGAUAUUUGAAGUGUAGCGUCAUAUUUCUAUUUUCACAACACGUAUUUUUGUACUUGCAUGUCUUGUUACAUCACAUAGUUUGUUUAUAGUCUUUGUAGCAUUAGCAUCCAGCUGAUUCGACAAUAUCACUUAAAAGGUCGACACUGAAUGAGACUCUCUCCAUGGCUCAUCAUUUUUCAUCUCAACAUUCAAGAGCAGGUUGAGUGGCAACAUUCAGCAAUAAAUGAGGAAUCAAACCUAUGAUCUAAAAUCUUCUUUGUUUUUAAUGUAUUUA